AUUUGGCUUCAGACUUGAGGGACGAGCAGAAACACUUGAGUUUCUCUGUGACCGAGUCGCUCUGUAAGCUGUUAAACUGCGCAAUAAGAAGUUUAUAUCUGUGUAAUAACACUGAGAAACAUGCCGUCCGACAGACCCUUCAAACAAAGGAGGACAUUCGCUGACCGGUGCAAAGAGGUCCAGCAGAUCCGUGAUCAGCACCCCAACAAGAUCCCCGUGAUCAUUGAGAGAUACAAGGGAGAGAAGCAGCUCCCCGUUUUGGACAAAACCAAGUUCCUGGUACCCGACCACGUCAACAUGAGCGAGCUGGUUAAGAUCAUCAGGCGUCGUCUGCAGCUGAACCCCACUCAGGCCUUCUUCCUGCUGGUGAACCAGCACAGCAUGGUGUCCGUGUCCACGCCCAUCUCCGAGAUCUACGAGCAGGAGAGAGACGAGGACGGCUUCCUCUACAUGGUCUACGCCUCGCAGGAGACCUUCGGCUGCUAGGGAGGAAGAGGGGGGAGGGAGAGCGGGACAUCUUCAGGUGCAGGGAGGACGGCGAGAGGGUAGAAGGGGGGUGAGGGGGAGGGGGAGGGUGAGGGGGGGGGGGGGGGGGGGUAUGUGGUGCCAGAACCUGACCAAGAACCACCAACUCCAUUAUCGUCUCCACUUUGUCGCACGUAGCAGACAGUCAGUGUACUUGUGACAGACACCCCCUUGUCCCCCCCUCUCUCCCUCUGUCGUAGAAAUGCACCCUCUUUAUAUCGGUCAGUAAAUGCAACACUAGCUACAGAAGCCCGAGGACAUCUCGUGUGUCUCUCCUCGCCCUCAGAGCUCAUCACACCCGUGAGUCCUCUGAGAGUUUGAUUUUUCUCUUUUUAUCCCACGCAGACGGACGUCUCUUAUUUUGAAAGGGUGGGGAAUGACUUUGGAGAGUUUGGGAGUUAAAACUGAUUUUAAUCCUUAAAACUAUAAACGUGCUGAGCAAGAAACAAGGCAGUCGUCUGCAACAGUUCAGGACGUAAUCUGACGCUCUGAGUCGUGACGAUCCAGACAUUAACCAUCAGUCCAUAUUCUCGCUCUCGCACCGCUGACGUAGAAACUAGAAGAUUUGAUUGUUGUUCUACUUUUUAACUUUUUUAAAAAAAUCACUUUCUUAGUUUUUAUUUCUGUUGACUUCUCGUCUUAGUUUGAGAUAUUAUCCGUAGCUUAGUUCGUGUUGUUAAAGAUGGGUCUGGGUUUGUUUUUUUGAUCUUACAUUUACCGUCAGCCUGAAGCUCAACUCGCCAACUCGCCGCUGGCUGCAGAGUCGCUGACAAUCGGGCUAACACAGACUGUAAAAAAACACACACAGUUAUGUUAUGUUAUGUUAUGUUUCACGUGCAAUAUUUACCCCCGUCACACCUCCGUAGGCGCCCCCUGUAAAGAUACGGUAAUUUACUGUCACACAAGGGAACUUAGCAUUAGCGCCUUUAGCCACACGCUGCUAAAUCCUGUCAGGCAUGUUAACAGACUGAACCCCCCCCCCCCCCCCCCCCCCCCCUCUGUAAGCACAACACACCUUAAAUAUCACAACUCGCCUGUCUUCCUGAUGUGCACACAUUACCCACACACACAUAUAAACACACACACACACACACUUAAUGUCAGAACCGACCAAUCGGGUGAAGGAGGUUUAUCUCGGUUGUGGAAACCCGAGGGACGCACUGCGCUCCCACAGGUUGUAUUCUUGUUGCUUCUCACGCUUCACAUUGUCUCUUAGAGUAGAAUGAAAAACAAAAACACAAAAGGUGCGGUGGGAGAAUAUUAAGAGGCGAGCUCUAAUCUAGCUUCAAACUGACAUCGCUGGUUUGGAUUAGCGGUCUCAAACAACGGGUCACAAGCAAUUAGCAUGAUUACAGGUCGGAUGUUUGGACACACUGUGUGAUCUCACUUCUCCCGGACAACGCGGCGAAAACACCAAUAAAAUGAUGCCGUUGGACACAGCCUGUCCUUGGCAGCGGGGGAAGCCAGGAAGUAAUCAGAUCCCAGAAAAGCUUCUGAGCCGAGGCGAGGUGACACCGGGGCCCGGCCGCUUUAAAUAUCAUUUCCUCCUCUGGAGACGGCUUGUAAAGAAAACGCUGCGUGUGUCAUGGUAGCAUAGAGUCGAGCAUUAGACAUAACAAAGUGUAUUUAAUGUUGGAAACGAAUGAGCUUCUUUUGCACAUAAAUUAAUACAAAUAUAAUAAAGAGUUGGCAUAGAGUUGUUUUUUUUUUAGGAAUGACUAUCUCUAUAUCGAUGAUCUCUUCUUUUUGUAUCUCCUCCUCUCUCUCUGUCUGUCUGCCUUUGUUUAAUGAGACGUUUAGACCACAAAGGUUGUGAUGCACUACAAACCUUGCAUGUCUUCUUUUUUUUUAUAAAUGUGUUUUGAUUUUAGCCGUUGGAUUUAAUUGUACUGUUUUCAUUUUUUAGAGGAGUCUUUUAGAUGUUUCCCCAAAAACCAAAAACUGAAAAUAAGUGUAUGUGUAUGUUUGAAACAAAAAAAAGUGUGCGUAUAAACGAUCAUAUAAUCGA